AUGACUUAUCAAGUCAGCAGAAAGGAGCUCGUCGGGGACGCGGUAAACCGCGGCGCAUCCUUUGUGCUCAUUCUCGCAUCUGUCAUUACGGGCGCCACGAGCCACGAGCCCAAGGCCUUUACUAUGCUUUAUAUUUUUGGUGCUCUCUCGCUUCUGCUCUCUGGCGUCAUGCUCCUGCACGUCGGCUUUCGCGUGGUCACAAAUAGACACCCCGAGACCAACAUGCGCAGGGCCAUGAUGAAGUUUCCCUUUGAACUUCUUCUCAUUGCGUUUCUGGUCCUGAGCACCUACUACGGCUUCUCUAUCAGAGGCCAUCGUGGCACUGACGGUCGUUUGGACGGAGACGUCUCCAGCCGCCGCGUCGCAUGCGGGUUUCUCGGUCUUGUUGCUGCUGGUGCGCAGAUUAUCCAUGCUCCCGCCGCCAUGGUCAACUGCCUCAAGGCCAAGCACGCGGAAAACGACUUGCGCGAGAAGCAGGAUGCCGAUGCCACAGCCCGCGUCGUUUAA